AUGGCAGACGAACGACUUCAACGGGAGCAAGCGCAUCUUCGCGCAGCAAUCGACAGUAUUUCUGACCAAAAUCUUAAGACGCACAUGGCAAAGGCUUUGGACUCGUUUGACGCAUCCGAAAUAUCAGAGCAGUCAGGAUCAGCCGCCAAUUUGGUACAAGGCGAAAGCAAUAGACAUGAUGAGAUUAUAUCGAGGCUUUUGGAAAAAGAGGUGACGGUGCGGAUGUCUCGAGAUGCAUUGUUUGUAGCCGUACACGCGCUGCUCCUUGAAGCUGGCUACAAAUUGUUGGUGGAUUCAACUUCAGACUUUUCGCUGCCCGAGAAUUGGGACGCUAACAGUGCAAACGGCCUGUUUACCGCUGCCUACGUCCACCCGAACAGCGACUCGGUCAAAUUCUUACUUCAGGGUCUGUUUGUUGGUCGCAAGUUCGAAGUGUUCAUCUCAGACGAUAAUGACCACACGCACUCAAUUGAACUGAGCAUUGACAAGUUCAUUGCUUCUGUUGAAAAUUCUGCACCAAUGUCUGCUGCAAACGUGCUUCAUGAUUUGGACGGACUGCGGAAGGAGUUUAUCCCAUUCGCUGAAAAAAUUCGACCGUUAAACAGAAAAGAAAUAACGUCUCAGCUUAACAAGCCAGCUUCCAGACUCGGUCGCGGAGACGCAUUUCCUCCUGGUAUUGGCGGCGGAAACCCAGAUAUGUUGGUUGGUCCCGAUCAUCCACUUUUCGGCCAUCGUGGAAACCCAUCCGUGGGACCUGUGCCUGGUGCUCGCUUUGAUCCGUUUGGUCCGUCAAUCGAUCCUCUUGGCCCUAGUGGUGGCUUUCGUCCCCCUUCGCGUGGCCCGGCACCAACAAUGCCGUUUGGAGGUCCAGGACCUGACCACUUGCGCAUGCCUCGCGACGAUGAUAUGGACCCAGGAUUCAGCUUUGCCGGGGGAGGUCACGGGUUUUCGCAAGCAUUUCGAUCAAAUGAUUCCUUUUUCUGA